UGUUGGUACGGUAGAAGCAAUGAGUCAGAAAAGACUCAUACAUAAACGGGCCAGGCACAUACAGCGCAUGAACACCGCGGGCCGUAUCCAUAACGCACCUGGAGAUACUGCAGAAGAACAUAGGAUCGCUGGUGCCAUCAAAUCAUUUUCUGUGAAAAUAGAGGAGAGAGGAGAGGAAGAUCAUCUUUGGGAAACCCGCUGAGUUAACAUGGGAUGGACAAUCUAACGACAACCAAGAUUGUAAAUGCUGGUGCCGGUGGCAAGGUCGUCAAAGAAACAGUAACCACAACAACCCGGUUGACAUCACUGCCGCCAACCUCAGGUGGUCUCUCUUCGAGGAGCGGGCUGCUCUCUACUGGAGGAGGAGAGUCUACCAGUAGAGCCAUCACAGGAGGCAGUAGCUCAGUGCUAGUGUCCUCUGCUGCAGCCGGGUCUGUGGGUGGAGCUAAGUCUGGGUACGGCGGGGGAUCCGUCAGCAAAUCAACCACCAUUACCACUAUAGAGUCCCCCUCUUUAUCCUCCGGUGCUUCAGGGGCCUCUGGCGCAGCUUUUCGGUCUUUAGGGGCUUCGGGGGCAUCGUUCGGGGCGAGCAAGACCAGCGGCUCUCUUUCCGUUUCUGGAGGGGGUCUUAUGUCUAGCUCCAGUUCCAGUUUUUUCACUGGUUCCAGUUCUGGUGGUUCCAGUUCUGGUUUUGUCUCUAGUUCCAAAGGAGCAGGAGCAGGAGCAGGAGCAGGAGGAGGCGGUUUUGUCACUGGUUCCAGUUCUGGUUCUAGUUCUGGUUUUGCCUCUAGUUCUGGUGCCGGAAUCGGAGGAGGGGAUUCUUCUAGUGCCAAAAUGUCAGCCGGCGGCUUGGGCUCUGUGACCGUUUCCACGGUUACCAGGUCCAACUACAGCUCCUUGGCGGGGGCGGGUUCAGGGGGCGUGAAGAGGGGUGGGGCACAGGGGUCUGCAUCCUCUGCUCUCAGCUACUCCCCCACCCCCACGGAGAGAAAGAGCAUGACCAGCACCAUGAUCGCCCGCUCCAUGGGCUACGAAGGAAGAUCCAGUGGAAACUCAUCUCCGGAAUACACAAGGAGAGAAUAUGCUGCAGAAAGUGCAGUUGCCAGUAAACCCACCAGAGGGCGGAGCCACAGCAGAGAGAGUGAGAUCAGAUGCCGACUGCAGAGUGCCUCUCCCACUGCUAAAAGAUGGACUGAGCUGGAUGAUGUGAAGCGGCUGCUGAAGGGGAGUCGCUCCAGCAGCAUCAGCCCCCCUCGCUCCCCCACCAGCACCCUCCCUAUUCCCAGGAAGGCCAGCGUAGAGACCAGAACCAUGCCAAACAGCUCCCAGUCAGGCCAGUACGACAGUGCCACCCUGGACUCAGGAAUGCCUUCCUACGUGUGGUCAGGCCCCACGGCUGGAGGCUAUGGUUACCACAGCAACGCCAUCAACCGGUCCCCCACCUCCACCCUCCAACACUCACCCACCACACUCACAGCCACAGGGCUUCAGAACAACCUGGCUCUCAGCUCUACAUCCAUGAACUCUGGACUCUCUGCCUCUAGCACUGUUCAUGGUAUGCAGAAUAACCUGGCCUCCACCACUGGCGGCAUCCUAACAGCUAAUGGAGUCAACGCACAAACAGUCUAUGGUGUGCAGAAAAAUGUCACAAGCACAGGGGUGUCCACAACCACAGUGGCACCCAGCACUCCUACCAGUGACGAGGUCUUCGCCAAAGAAUACAAAUUCAUGCUGCUGGAGAAAGAGAAAGCUCCCGUCAAAAAGGAGACGGAGAGACUCAUCAUGGCCAAAGAUACCGGCAAGCAGUUCUCCUCUGCUGCCACUGCUAUUGCCUAUUCCGAGGACUCACUGAAGAAGGAGAAGAAGAAGGUGUCCAGCUUUGUGGAGACAGCUACAGCCAGAACCACAGAAACUAACGCUGGAUCCUUGACGAAAGUGUCAACGAAAGACAAAGCAACCUAUGCAGAGAUACGUAAGGACGAGUCUGGAGGAGGUCUGGGCUUCUGGUCUUGCUGCUCCUGGUUGAAGUGGCUGCUGGGCAUCCUGCUGGGUCUUCUGCUCCUCCUGGGGCUCCUCCUGGGACUCAUCGCCCUGGCCGAAGAAGUCAAGCGUCUUAAAGCUCGUGUGGACGCCUUGGAACAAGCCUCCAGCUCUUCCUCAGCACAUUCUAGUCGCUUCUCCUCCUCCUCAGCCAUCAACAUCAUAGACCCUCUGGAGUCUGCAUACAUGGACAAGACCUCCUCUCCCUCCUCUACCACACUGCUCCGCACUGAUAAUGGUAUCAAUCUGGGAGAGGCAGCAGGAGCAGGUCCAGGAUCAGCUAACGGACCAGGCCAAGACCCUGUAGCUCUGCAAAGGGCAGUACAGCAGAUAGUCAGGACUGAGCUGCAGUCCGAUACUGUACGAGCAACACUUGCACACUCAAUGAAAGGAGCGAGAGGAGAGCCUGGGACCAAAGGUGACCAAGGUGGUCCAGGAGUCAAAGGUGAUAAUGGAUUCCCUGGCCUACCAGGUCCUCCAGGUCAGAUGGGUCACAGUGGACUGGAGGGCCCGAGGGGACCUAAAGGAAAUGCAGGUGAAGCUGGUGCAGAGGGCCCCCCAGGCCAGAAGGGCCGAGAAGGACCAACGGGAUCACGUGGAGAGCCUGGUCCUCCAGGGUUUGGAGAGAAAGGGGACAAAGGUUCUCCUGGUGAACCCGGAGGGCCUGGACCUGCUGGCACUGCUGGGCCUGUUGGGCCUAAAGGGUCAGUGGGUGGUCAGGGUGCUACAGGUAUCCCAGGAACUCCUGGUCCACAGGGUUUCCGAGGUGAAGCAGGCGCUCCAGGACCGAAAGGAGAGAAGGGACCAGCUGGACCUCCAGGAAAUAAGGGCGAGCCAGGAGAGAAAGGACUCCGCGGAACAUCAGGUGACCCAGGUCAAAGAGGACCUCCGGGACCAGACGGCGCAAAUGGAUCCAAAGGACCUGCAGGUGCUCCCGGGGCUGACGGUGAAAAAGGCUCUAGAGGUGACAAGGGAUUGGAUGGGUUACCAGGUCCCAGGGGACCAGCAGGACCUCCAGGAGAUUCAGGCCUCCCAGGCAUUCCCGGGCUUCAAGGUCCACCAGGUAUACCAGGUAAUCCUGGUCAGCCUGGAGGUAAAGGCGAAGCUGGAGAACCUGGUAGAAUCAUCAAUGCAGCUGGUUCCAGUUCGGUUGCCAUCCCCGGACCUCCAGGCAGCCCCGGACCCACUGGUGUUUCCGGAUCCCCUGGACUCUCAGGUCCUGUUGGCCCUGCUGGUCUUCCUGGGACGCCUGGUCCCAGGGGAGAAAGGGGAGAGGAAGGAGAGAAGGGAGACCAGGGAAAGCCUGGUAUUACUGUACAGACUGUGGAAACCACAGAGAGACGUGCACCUGUGGCUAGUCUUCCUGGCCCACCUGGCCCUCCAGGGCCCCCAGGAGAACCAGGUCCCCAGGGUCUUCUAGGUAAGGGUCCCCCAGGUCCUGAAGGUCCUCAAGGAGUGCCAGGUGUACCAGGUAAGGGUCCCCCAGGUCCUGAAGGUCCUCAAGGCGUGCCAGGUGUACCAGGUAAAGGUUCCCCAGUUCCUGAAGGUCCUCAAGGAGUGCCAGGUGUACCAGGUGUUGGUGUGCCUGGCCCCCGAGGAGAUAAGGGAGAGCCAGGUAGCUUCGUGCCAAACUCAGGAACCUUCUUCGCUGGGCCCCCAGGACCUGCUGGCCCAACUGGCCUACCAGGACCCCAGGGUUACCAAGGUGACCCAGGUCAGCCCGGUUUACCAGGAGUUCCAGGAGAUCCCGGUGUCGGUUUCCCUGGACCCCAGGGACAACCUGGAGGUCCAGGACCAGAAGGGGACAGUGGACUUCCAGGGCCCCAAGGUCCAGAGGGCCCCGAGGGACAACCGGGUCCAAAAGGUGAGGCUGGCGUUCCAGGUGCUCCAGGUAUCCCUGGCUACUCCAGUGGUGGAUCAUCCAGGAGUUCCCCUGGAGCACCAGGUCCACCUGGACCUCCCGGCCGUGAUGGGCCACCUGGGUCUGGGUCUGGAACACCGGACGUCCGCCAAUACAUCACAGAAUACCUCAAGAGCGAUGGUGUCAGGGAGUACAUGUCGGGACCUCCGGGUCCUCCGGGUGUACCGGGGCCCCCUGGUGACGGAUCAGUGGAGUCAGUGGACGAUCUUGCUAGUCGCGUUAUCGCGUACAUCCAGAGUGGAGGUAUUGCUAGUGGGGUGCCUGGACCUCCAGGCCCGCCUGGCGCUCCCGGUGGAGGCAGUACAUCGCUAAAUGACAUCAUCAGCCUUCUACAGAGUGAGGAAGUGCGACGCUACGUCAUCGGUCCUCCUGGCCCUGCUGGACCUCCUGGCAUCCCAGGGAUCCCAUGGAGAGGAGGCUAUGGCUUUAAUACCCAUGAGGUGGCUGGACGGGUCCUCACUCUAAUGAAUGAUUCUGAAUACAGAGGUGCCUUGGGCGCUCAGGGGCCUCCUGGUCCACCUGGUGUCCCAGGCCCUGCUGGCCCUCAAGGCCCUGCCGGUCCUUCAGGACAGGCCCCCUACAGCAGCUCUGGAUACCGGCUGGAGGAGGUCAAGGACUACAUACAGAGUGGUCUAAGAGGGGGAAUGUUUGGGCCCCCAGGCCCCCCAGGUCCCCCUGGACCUCAGGGACACAAGGGAGAGCAGGGUAACUCUGGGUACGGCCACGCCUUUGACCACAGGAUCAGCGAGGGAAGAAGGCUGGCUGAGACUGAAACAGACUUCUCCAAUAUAGCGGUCCGAGUGACUGACUACAUCAAGUACCAUGGUCUGUUGAGGGACGUGGUUGAGAACCGGUCUCAGCUGGAGAAGGCACAGGUUGUUCAAGGACCCCCAGGACCCCCUGGCCCUCCCGGUGCUCCAGGAUUCAGCCGUGUGUUUGGUUCCCAUAGUAAUGUCACUGACCUUAUGGAAUACAUCAGAGCCCAUGGAAACACUGUGGGACCCCCUGGAAGGCCAGGACAGAAAGGGGACAUAGGACAUACAGGUCACAAAGGCGAGAGAGGACUGGAUGGCAUCCCAGGAAGGGCAGGCCUCCCUGGUCUGGAGUGGAAAAGGGGGGGGAAGGGGGAGAAAGGAGAAUACACACUUGUGACCAACAGAAGAAAGAGGAAUGUUGGCGUUUGAGAAACAAAUGAUUGAUAAAAUACUCAAAGGUGAAAGUCCUAUGAAAUAUGUCAUGAGUCAUGAGCAUACAUUCUGGGGCCUAAUGCCUUGGAGACAUUACCGAUGUAAAUAUAUAGUUUUCUAUAGGAGAAACUGUUGAACAGGACAGUAUUCCAUGCGCUGAUGUAUUGUGUUGUGUCAAAGACGUCUUUACGAUCUAUUUUUACUUGUGUUUAAUCUGGAGUAUCUUUCCAAUUCACCUCCUUGCAUGUUGAUAGCAGGAAUAGUUCAACUAUGUGUUGAAAAAUAGAACAGGGUGUGCUAUUUUUAUUAAAUAGCUUUUGUACUAUUAUCGUUAUUGUACUUUUGUACUUGAGGAAAAACAUUUCAUAUCGAACGAAACUAAAACCAUUGUCAAAAUCUC